AUGUCAGUUGUCAAGAAUGGUCCAUUAGGCCAGGCAGAGACAACUUGUGGAUCCCUUCUAAACGAGUUGCAGAUAAUCUGGGAUGAAGUUGGUGAGUCUGAUACUGAUCGUGAUAAGAUGCUAUAUGAACUUGAACAAGAAUGUCUCGAAGUAUACAGAAGAAAGGUGGAUCAGGCAAACCGGAAUAGAGCUCAGCUUAGACAGGCAAUUGCUGACUCUGAAGCUGAGCUCGCAGCAAUAUGUUCUGCAAUGGGAGAGCGACCGGUACACAUUAGACAGGCUGAUCAAAGCACUGGAAGCCUGAAGGCAGAACUUGAAACGAUUCUCCCACAACUUGAGGAGAUGCGCAAACGGAAGGUUGACAGAAGAAAUCAGUUUCUUCAAGUUCUUGAAGAGAUCCAGCAGAUUUCAAAUGAAAUAAAUGAAAUAGCUGGUGGUGCUUCUGUAAAUGAAAGUGACCUGUCUUUGAGGAAGCUGGAAGAGUUGCAUAGAAAGCUCCAUGCACUUCAAACUGAGAAGAAUGAUCGGCUGAAGCAGGUUCAGGAGGCUUUAGAUACCAUAAGCUCAUUUUGUGUGGUGCUUGGUAUGGAGCUCAAGCAAACAAUUGCUGAGAUUCAUCCAGAAUUUGACUGUGCUGACGUAUCAAAGAGAAUAAGUAAUGAAUCCAUCAAAUCUUUAGCUACUGCAAUUCAAAGAUUGCGAGAGUUGAAAUUACAAAGAAUGCAAAAGCUACAAGAUCUUGCAACUGCUAUGUUGGAGCUUUGGAACUUGAUGGAUACCCCUAUUGAAGAGCAGCAAGCAUUCCAGAAUGUUACAUGCAAUAUAGCUGCUGCGGAACAUGAGAUAACUGAACCAAAUACCCUUUCCAUGGACUUCCUCAAUUUUGUUGCAGCAGAAGUCUCCCGGUUGGAAGAGUUGAAAGUUAGUAAGAUGAGGGAGCUGGUUCUGAAAAAGAGGGCAGAGCUGGAUGAAGUCUGUAAGAAGACCCAUAUGGUCCCCGAAGCAAAUGUAGCGAUAGAUUGUGCCAUCGAAGCCAUAGAGUCUGGACAAGUAGACCCUGGAAGUCUCUUGGAGCAGAUUGAAUUUCAAGUUGCUAAUGUGAAGGAAGAAGCUUUUAGCAGGAAGGAAAUUCUUGACAAGGUUGAGAAAUGGAAAGCUGCGUGUGAGGAGGAAUCCUGGCUUGAGGAAUAUAAUAGGGAUGAUAAUAGAUACAAUGCUGGAAGAGGCACUCAUUUGAUUCUCAAGCGUGCUGAGAAAGCUCGUGCUUUAGUCACCAAAAUUCCAGGCAUGUUGGAGGGUUUGGCUUCUAAAACAAUGGCAUGGGAAAAGGAGAGGGGCAUAGAAUUCUUAUAUGAUGGUAUUCGCCUUCUUUCCAUGCUUGAAGAGUAUAGCAUUCUAAAACAAGAGAAAGAGGAAGAAAAGCGUAGGCAGCGGGAUCAAAAGAAGCUGCAGGGACAACUAAUAGCAGAACAAGAGGCUCUCUAUGGAUCAAAACCAAGUCCGUCCAAGAACCUUAGUUUCAAAAAGGGAUCUAGAGUUUCAACCGGAGGUGCAACCAAUAGAAGACUGUCCGUCGGAGGAGCGAUGCCACAAACUCCAAAACUCGACAAGACCCUCUCUAGCAGAACAUUGUCUUGCCGGUCUGCCAAGAAGAUCAACAACCACAAUGACUCACUAAGUCAGUAUCAGGAUGAUACGUUCUCUACCUUAUCUGCUGGUAGGAGAGGUCUGGAUAUAGCUGGUCUGCCCAUGAAAGCUCAGUCAUUUGGCACCGCAAACGGCCGAGAACCAGAAAUGCUGCUGCGGAAGCCAUUCUCACCCAUCUCUUCUACAACAUCAUCCAAAGCUAAUUAUGUAGAAGAGCCAGUCAGAGUAGCCCACGGGGAAAGUGCAUUCAAGAAGAAUGACCAGUUGUUCAUGACUCCCCCAAAGACCACUACCACCACUGCUGCUUACCUUGCUGAGGAAGAAAACAGAACUCCUAGGCUACUGCCAGUGUCUGCCAUGACACCCUCCACAGUGUCAGUACCGAUGCAGACAGCCAUGACUCCAGCAGCUCCAGUUCAUUUCGGUGGUUUCAAGUCAGCGGGUGAAGAGGCGGUUGCUGAAGAAAUUGAGUACUCGUUUGAAGAGAGAAGAGCUGGGUUUGCUCUUCCUCACACUGCACACGUGAAGUCACUGAUUCAAGUUUGA